AUGUUUUCUGGGCUCUGCCCUCAAUCAGCUCUUGCUUUUAGACCCCAGAAGUACCCACAGUAUCCCUCUCUUCCAAGACCUCUUCCAAGACCUCGGCCUCAGCAAAGUGUGUCUCACCCUGUGGAUCAGCACGAGCCAGAGCUGGUCAACACGGUCAGUGUGAUGUGCCACCCUGACUCAAUGGAGGUGGUGAUCACUGCUGACAUGUUUGCGGUUGGAGCGCCGGUUGACAGUCGGGAGCUGCGUCUUGGAGUGGAGGAUAAUGAGCUAUGUAGAGCUAAAGCUACUUCUGCUGAGGAGUACAGGAUUGUUGCUGGGCUGGAUGACUGCGGCACCAAACACUGGAUGACCAAAGAUGCCCUGAUUUACACAAACCUUCUCAUGUACUCUCCGCUGCCCAACCCUAGUGGGAUAAUUCACAUGGAGGAAGCAGUAAUCCCUGUUGAAUGCCAUUAUGAAAGGAAGUAUGGUGUAUCAAGCUCUUUAAUGCCAACUUGGAUUCCUUUCACAUCGACCCAAGCUGGAGUUGAAACUCUGCAGUUCAGCUUGAAGCUGAUGACUGAUGACUGGAUGCAUGAAAGAGGUGCCAAUGUGUUUUACCUUGGUGAACCCAUCCACCUUGAAGCCUCUGUGAGGGUUGGACACCACAUGGGUCUCAGGGUGUUUCUAAGCAGCUGUGUGGCCACACUUCAACCAGAUGCAAACUCUGAUCCCAAAUAUUCCUUCAUUGAAAAUGGGUGCUUGAUGGACUCCCAGCUUCCAAACUCAAAGGCACAGUUCUUACCCCGAACCAAGGAUGACGUGCUGCAGUUGACCAUUGACGCUUUCAAGUUCCAUAAUGACAAUAGAGGACAGCUCUACAUCACCUGCCACCUAACUGCUGUGCCAGUGAAUGAUGCAGAAACUCCAAAUAAGGCCUGUACCUAUAUGAAUGGCAGGUGGAGGUCUGCUGAUAGCAACGACUACUUGUGUGGUUAUUGUAAGACUCAAGAUCAAAUGUAUGGCAAGGCUAGCAUUCCUGGGGUAGUUGGUCCUCGUGCAUUUGGAAAGGUGGCUGGACCUCGAGGAUUUGGCAAGGUGGCUCCUGCUGAAUCCAUGUGGAAGAGUGGGGUGAAGACCAAGGCUGUAUGGGAACAAGAUGCCAGAGUGGGACCUCUAACAAUCUUGCCAUCAAGUAAAAGUGGAAUCAUUCCUUUUGGUGAACUCCCUGGUGUUCUGCAGAAACUCUACAGCCCUGCACUGUAUGGCAGUCACUGGAGAAGUGGAAUCCAAAAAACUGAUCAAGAGAAAGGACUGCUUCCUGAGCCCUCCAAUGCUGAUGCUGAAAAUGAAACGGGACUAAAAGGUGACUUGGAGGAAAAUGACCUGUAUGAAGCAGCCAAUAAGUAUGCUCUCAAGUCCUUGAAUGUGCCAAUGGAUAAAAACACAACAGAUUCUAGUUACACUGAUGGCACCCUGCAUAAGAUGGAGGAGCCUACAGGGAAGAAUGCAACUGCUACUGCAACUGGCCUUUCUGAACCAAAGAAAUAA